AUGUGUUCUCUAAUUACAUUCGUAUGUUCAUUAACAGCAUUACUAAUAAUUUUUUCUGCGGUGGAUUCUUCCAUAUUUGACAAAAGUUUGACACUUUGGAAAAGAUCCCGAAUUCAUCGAUCUGCUGAAACGAAUGCUAUUGCUGGAAUCGAUCCGGAUUCGGCAUUAGUAUCACAAUCUAAUAUGGAUCUUCCUUGGGAACGAUUUAUUAUCAAUGGACCGUCAACAGUCAGUCUGCUUGGUCAAUUAANAAGUGCGCUAGCAUACAUGCAAACAUAUACGAUCAAAGCGGGCGAUACAUUGUGGGCUCUCAGCAAACAAUACGAUAUUCCUCUCGGUGAAAUCUUAACUGCCAAUCCUGAUGUUGUACCUGAGAAUUUACAAAUUGGUCAAACAGUAAAUUUGCCCACGAGAGGGAAAGCAGAAAAGCAUCAUCAUACAUCGGGUGGAUCGGGUCGAACAAUUCCAAUGCGUGUCACAUCUUACGGAUGGAAUGAUAACGAUCCGCCAAGUGCAGAAAUUGCUUAUCCAAAAAGCGGUGGUCAUCCCACGAAGCAUAAUUCAGCGACAGAAGGUCGAGGAACUUACGAAGAUCCCAUUACAUUUGCAACAGACGAACGUGAACUCGACAUCGGAACUACGAUUUACGUUCCAUUCUUAAGAAAAUAUUUUAUUAUGGAAGACCUUUGUGCAUCGGCAGUACGAGCAUGGGAUCAAAGACAGUAUCAUGUUGAUUUGUGGAUGGGUCCACAACAUUCAUCCGAUGAACAUAACUUGAACGGUUGUGAGUCGAAGAUAACAAGAGAAUCGACUGAUGUGGUUGUUAAUCCUCCACAAGAUUUACCUGUCGAUACAACACCUCUUUUUUCCAAUAAUCAAUGUACCGCCCAAUUGUUCGAUUAA